UCUCUCGUCCUCCUCCUCCUUCAGCUGUAAUUUCCAUCUUGGCCUCUAGAUGUCCCCCGCCACUCCUGUCUCUUCGCUUUGUCUCAUCCCUUCUCCAGUAUGUGCAGUACCCGCGCCUGGCCGCCAGGUGUCCCCCCUCUUACCCCCGGGGACCGAGCAGCGGACGGAGGGGAAGCGGCUGCUGCAGCGGCUCGGUGUGCAGCAGGGCCGACCCCGGGAUGCUGCCGCCAUCUCCUCCCCGGUAACCGCAGUGCUGGGGCCAUGGACCGGGGACUGCGAGGAGCUCCGGCCGCCUGCACCAUCCUCAUCCUGUGGAUCGGGCUGCAGCUGCACCGGGGGAUGACGGAAGUCGUUCACUUCGGACCCCUGAUACUACAGUUGAGUGAGAACUCGACCAUAACCAAAAAUGCAUCGGUCCCGGACAAAACCUUCGAAGUCGUCUUUCCCGUAACAGUUUCCUCAGAAGAUCCGGCCCCUACCGAAACGGUCACCCUCCACUUCCCAGAUUAUGUUGCCACCGUAGGACCCACCCAGCCUCUCUCCAGUGAAGCCCACCUCCUUGAUAACGUCUUCUCGACCCAGAGUCCUUGGUCUGAGACUUGGGCUGAGACUUCCUCGUCCUUAUCCGUCACAAUCCUACAAUACUCCACGACGGCUCAGCUUCCGGAGACGUACAGCGUCCGCUCUGAGGUGGUGGAGUCGUCUCCUUACGUGACGGCAUCCCUUAAAGUAUCUUCUAGUAUCAUGGAGGAAAGUUUGGCUGUUCCACCCCCGGAGACUUUCAGUAGUGUCAACCGAAAUUCGUGGACUACAGAAAUGUUUCCAUUGACCAGUGACUACGGAGAAGAUAUUGUCACCUCAAAAUUCUCUUUGCAAAGUACCGAAUCUGAGCAACUCUCUACGGAUUUUAGCUUCUCGAUAGAAGACACAAUGGUUGCGUCCACCACCCUGGAGGCAUCUCCCUCACCUUGGCCGGUUACCCCUAUAGAAAGUACAUACAUGCCGAGCAUGACCAUUACCAGCACGACGACCAAACCACCUUUGUAUAGUAUCUACUCGUAUUUAGGGUUUGUUUCAGCACAGGAUUCCACCAUCAGCCUGACCGAGCCUUUACCCUUCACAUCUUCACCCAAUGUCCUGGGUGGUGUAGAGAGUCCUGUGAUGCCAACCCCAGAAAGCACUUUUCAUUUGCUCCCAAGCUCAGUGCCUGCUGCCGUUCCCGAGACGUCGUACAUGGUGACCUCUGAUAUCAUGUACACUCAGUGGUGGUCGGAGGAUUAUAUGGAAACCAUUACCAUUAAAACCUCAGGGUUUCCCGGAAAUAUUCCUUCCACCAGGGUGGUCACCGACCAAGAGGCGUCAACUGUUGAAGUUGUUGACUCUGUUUCGUCUUCUCUUCCAAUACCCAUCGUGUCUUCACAUUAUCCGGCCUCUUCUGUGGAUUUCACCGACGUCAUUGACUCUACGGAGGUCCAGGUAACCUCGGCGUCUUCUCAGAGUUCAGACAUGGAGAGCCACUGGGUUUCUUCAGUAGAGUUGACUCUGAUGCCUUCGAUGCCCGUCUCGUCUGUGCCCUCCGUGGAUCUGGAGACAACUUUUUCUACAACAGCAACAUCCACCCCUUUUCUUCUAGAAACUUCAAUAUACGAACCUGAGAUCACAGCCGAAGCUCCCGCAUUUGUGCCGGCUGAAUCGGGCAUGUACUUUAGUCCAACGCUGUCUCCUCCAGUGGAGUCCACGGUGAUGUCUGUCUUGGACUCCAGUGACUUCUUGUUCAUUUCCACACCUGAGCCCAGUGGCCUCUUUUCUUCGUCGGUGGAAGUAGUUUUUCCCUCACCCUCAUUGGCGUCCAGUCACGUGUCUGCCUUCGAGCCUCAGGACUCAUCGACUCUACUUGCAAUAUCUGAGUCCAUGUUCAGUAGUUCUAUGACGGAGAUCUACUCUUCAUCCAUACUGGAAACCAUUGGCAUGGAGGUCCUUCCCUGGGAUACUGUGUAUUCCACUGCACGAUCUUCCUUCGCUCCACCGUCGAGUGUUGACUGGACUGAGAGUGGUUCAUAUAUGUCCUCUGAGUUGUCCGAGAUGUGGGAGGUGAAGUCCACCAUAAUGCCGUUGAGCAUCCUCUAUACCUCAAGUACUUUCACUGGUGCUACCGAUCUGCUGCCUUUACUGUCGUCAUCUGCACUGAACUCCACCACAUUUGCCUUGCCCACCUCCUCCUUUGGUUUGGAUCAUGCCAGCAGUGCUUUGGUUGAGGAAGUCCUUCCGACCUCUCUACCUACCUUGGUUCCAAUGAUGACGUUACCUCCAGAGUCGCUGUCUACAUCUGAUGCCUCAGGAGUCUAUACCUCGUUGUUUUCAGUAUCCACUUUCAUAUCAGCCGGUUUUACAUCUGCCCCCAUUAUGCCAACAAUACCCAGCAUCAGUUUGGAAUCUACGAUAAAUGUUGCAGCCACGUUAGGGCAAUCGUCCAUGAAUCCAACAUCUACUGUGAGCGAGCUGUUGUCUUCUAGUUCACAGCCAACCAUGACUCUAGUGUUUCCUCCAACUACUCCGCACACCCCCGAUGUCCGCCCUUCUCCUUCCCCAACCUCACCUGUCAAUGCUAUAGGCACAACUUCCAUACCAACUUCUACACCAAAUUCUAUGCCAUCUUCUACGCCAAGUUCUACACCAGGUUCUACACCAUCUUCUAGGCCAAGUUCUACACCAUCUUCUAGGCCAAGUUCUACACCAGGUUCUACACCAUCUUCUAGGCCAAGUUCUACACCAGGUUCUACACCAUCUUCUAGGCCAAGUUCUACACAAAGUUCUUCCACACCAGCAGCUGUUACCCAUAAUACUCUAGAUACAACCACCCCACAGGUAGCUACAACCAUCGUCCUCACUCCGGGGGCCACAACAGCAACAUCCACCCUGUCUGGGAUGGUCACUCCUCCAUCUGGACUCACAGCUGCCACAACGGUGACAACCACAAGGCCGAGUUUCGUCUGUGAUGUCUCUAAUCCAGAACCGUAUUUGGUCACUAUUGUUCUUUCGCGAGGAUCAAAUAUGGAGAACAUCACAGAAAUAAUCAGGGAAACACUAAAUACCAAUUUUAGCCGAUCGGUGGAACUGGAGGUCUAUUCUAUGUAUGACGGCUUCUCCUUCAUGGUGACGUCCGGUCCUUUCGUUUACACCGCGAUCGCUGUCGGCCAUGUUUUGAGCAGGAGCGCCCUGGUUGUUGGCAGGUUCCCCCCCAUCCUGUCCCUGCAGACGGCGUUCAUAGGACUAGACCUGAGGUUCCACGUUCAGACAGUGCUGCAGUUUGUUCCGCAGUCGGUGGACAUCAGACUCUGCACCUUCAGCGAACAGAUACAGAAGGGGUUAACAAUGGCGCUUUACGAAGUGCGGAGACUGCGCCAGGAGAGCGAGAACUUCACCGUCCAGAUCGUGAACAUCAGCUCCAGCGCCCCCCGUGUCGGGUAUUGGAAGGUCCCGGUCACCAUCGCGUACGUGGUCAGAGAGCGCCACGGAUUCCUGAACGGCUCUGAUGUCAGCGAUCAGCUGCGCAACCUCAGUCUGGUGGAGUUCAGCUUCUUCUUGGGCUUCCCUGUAAAGCAGAUUGCGGAACCCUCCACGUAUCCUCAGCUGAACAUCUCUCCGCUCCUGAAGGAUUCUUGGCUGCGGACAAUUCUUCUGGGCGUCCAGGAGCAGCACCUGAGGGACGAGGCCUUCCAGACGGAGAUGGAGCGGAAGCUGGCGCUGCUGAUCAGCGAGGCCACCUUACAGAAACGGCGCUGGAGGAGGGCCAGCUAUGCCGGGAGCAACGCCGUGCAGGUGGUGAACGCCUCCCGUCUGGACGGUCAGGACGACCCGGUGCAGCUGGUGUAUUUUGUUGAGGAUCAGUACGGGGAGCGGCUGGCGGCGGACAAGGCCUCCAGCCUGAUGAACGACGUGGACAUCCAGCGCGCCGCCAUCAUCCUCGGAUACCGGCUGCAGGGGGUGGUGGCGCAACCUCUUAACCAGCCGUCGGAGUCGGACCGCCAGGCGCAGAACCUGUGGAUCAUCGUGGGCGUGGCCGUACCGGUGCUGGUGGUGACCGUCAUCAUCAUCAUCCUGUACUGGAAGCUGUGCCGGACGGACAAGCUGGACUUCCAGCCGGACACCAUCAGCAACUUACAACAGAGGCAGAAGCUCCAGGCGCCCAACGUUAAAGGCUUUGACUUUGCCAAGCAGCACCUGGGCCAGCACAAUAAGGACGAGGUCCUGGUGGUCCAUGAACCCCCCCCUCCGGUGCUGCACGGGCCCCUCAAGGACUCCACCCCCUCCGAAAAUGGCGACAUCCCCACGCCCAGGUCCAAGAGCUCCUCUAAACCCAACAAGAUCGGGCGCCAUCGAAGCAGUAGGGUCACUCCCUCCGACGUGGGCUCCACGGGCAGCGACCCGUCCAGCGGGAAGGAGUCAGCAGAGGAGGGGUCCCCGACGAGACCCUCGGCCCCGCCGCAGGAAACCAGACUGCGCCCGACCGGCAGGGGCGGCGAGAUUCCCAUGCUGAACAGCGGAGCCGAGCAACACUCGUCGGCCUCCAUCUUUGAACACGUCGACCGGAUGUCGCGCUCUUCGGAAGCCAGCCGGCGCCUGCCCAGCAAGAUCCAGCUCAUCGCCAUGCAGCCCAUGGCGGCCCCUCCCUCCCACGGUCUGUCCACCGCCGCCGCCGAGCGGGAAGUGGAGGCCAAUAAGGUAAACAGAGAGAUUCAGACCACGUUGCGGCACAAGUCGGAGAUCGAGCACCACCGCAACAAGAUCCGACUGCGAGCCAAGAGGAAGGGGCACUAUGAGUUCCCCCUGGUGGACGUGGUGGGAAUGACGGACACCAAGGAGCGGCAGCGCAUGUAUCGCAGGGCGCAGAUGCAGUUCGAUAAGAUCCUUGACCCCGUGUUGGGCGUCCCCUCCGUCUUCAUAGAGCCGCGCAGGAGUUCCCGGUCGAGACGUUCUCCAAAACAACGGCGCAGGCAGCAGGGCUCCUCCAGCCCCCCGGACGCCGAUCGCGACCGCUUAAUCACCACGGACAGUGACGGGACGUACAAGAGACCGCCGGGUGUCAGCAACUCGGCGUACGUGUCGGAUCCGGACCUCCCCUCCGAUAACCCGGUGUCCGACCUCGGCAAGUACAGCGCCUCUCCCCCCCGCAUCCCCACCCAGUACGUGGCCCCCCAGCCGACCAUUGAAGAGGUGCGCCAGACAAUGCAGUCCCUCCUGGAUGAUGCCUUCGCAUUAGUGGCCCCGAGCAGCCAAGGGCCCGGAGCAUUACAGUCAGGAAAUACAUCAGGACCGCAAGCGGGAAACGGAUCCUCAGCUCGGACCGGUCAGGGGUCAGCACCAUGGCGGGGACAGUACCCCUCCCAUCAGUCCCCGCACUACAGUAGAUUUGUGGAUUUCGGGGGCCCGCAGGGAUCGGGGCCCAGUCUUAUGACAAGGAGCCCCGGAUUUGGCUCCGGAUUUCUGCCCCCGACCGAGACGGCGCCAACCGAAUCUCAGCAAGCGGAAGGUCAGUAUCCGGGCCGGAUGUAUCCCGAGGACAUCCCCUCCGUAGCCAGACCGCGGCCCCUGGGGAGCAACUCUGGCUCCGCCCAAAUCCAUCAGCUGACACAGGUGGGCAUCGCAAGUCGUAUGGGGGCGCAGUCCAGUGAAUUGGCUCCCAGUAGAUCUGUCCAGCCAUCUUCUGGCCCCGGCUGGCCCUCAUACUACGGUCAUGAAGACGAAACGCCUAGAAACGCUGCACACCGGGACACGGGUCACACACACGGAGCCCAUGACUACAGUGGCCCCCAGAUGUUCUCUGUGAACAGGGGCCCCAAUCGGCAGCCCAGCUCACACCUGCCCCCCUCCAUCUGUUACCCCUCCAGCUCCGCUGAGGACAUACACCCGGGUCACUCCUCCGCCUCCCUCAUCAAGGCCAUCCGGGAAGAACUGCUGCGCCUCUCCCAGAAACAGGCGGUGGUGCCCACCUACCACAGCUGAUAGGGGCUUCACCGCCACCGAUUUAGUGUCCGCUUCCUAUGGAAGCCAGAGAGAGGGGAGGGGCAGGAGAAGGGGAAACUGACAUAAUGAAAUACGAGAGAAUGAUAUAACCGGACAUCUGUCUAGACGGAGGGGUCAGCACCGUGGGUCAGAGGGGCAACCGGGACCAGAUAUUAAAUAGGGGGUGUGCAGGGACCACAAACUGCAGAAUGGGGGAUGAGUAUUGUCUGUAAUGCACAGAAGGGUCUUAGGGAAGAUGAGGAAGGGAAGAUGAGGAAUGUAGUCACGAGGCCAGCGAUGGGUCCGGUAGGUUCAGGUUGUACCGGGAGAAGCAGAGCAGAUUGUGCUGCGCGGCAGAGACGUGUUUGUGGUUGUCACUUGGACGUUUAUCCAUAAACAUUGUAUGGUGAUGAGUAAUGGCAGCGAAGGAGGAAGUUCUUGGGUUCUCUUGAAUGACUUAUUGUUGAAAGGUUAUGGGAUGUAGUAUUUUGGGGUGUAGAAACCAGUUAAUACCUUCAGGUGACCCUAAGAGCUGAUGGGGGGUGUAGUACCUACUUACCACCUGUAGGUAGCAGAUUGGAGGUUUAGUAACGUCUUCUUUCCUGUAUGUGACCCUAAGUUCAGAUUGGGGUGUAGUUACUAACUCUAGAUGACCCUAAGAGCAUAUGGGGGUGUAGUAAUGUCUUCUUUCCUCUAGGUGACCAUAAGAGCAAACCAGGGGGUGUAGUACCUACUUACUACCUGUAUGUGACCCCGAGAGCAGAUUGGGGGUGUAGUGACUACUUAUUACCUGUAGGUGACCCUAAGAGCAGAUUGGGGGUGUAGUACCUAUUUACUACCUGUAGGUGACCCUGAGAGCAGAUUGGGGGUGUAGUACCUACUUAUUACCUGUAGGUGACCCUGAGAGCAGAUUGGGGGGUGUAGUACCUACUUCCUACCUGUAGGUGCCCUAAGAGUAGAUUGGGGGUGUAAUAACCUCCUACCUGUAGGUGACCCUAAGAGCAGAUUGGGGGUGUAGUAACUACUUAUCUGUAGGUGACCCUAAAAACAGAUUGGGGGUGUAGUUACUACUUGUAGGUGACCCAAAGGCGAGACUAAGGGUUUAGUAACAAAUUACUACCUGUAGGUGAUGCUAAGAGCAGAUUGGGGGGUGUAGUAACCUCUUAACUGUAGGUGACUGUAAGAUCAGAUUGGGGUGAAUGUAGUACCUACUAACUACCUGUAAGUGGUUGUAAGAGCAGAUUGGAGGUGUAGUAACAUCUUUUUUCCUGUAGGUGACCCUAAAUUCAGAUUUGGGUGUGGUUACUACUAAAGCUGACCCUAAGAGUAAAUUGGGGGUGUAGUACCUACUAACUACCUAUAGGUGGUCGUAAGAGCAGAUUGGGGGUGUAGUACCUACUUCCUACCUGUAGGUGACCCAAAGAGUAGAUUGGGGGUGUAGUACCUACUUCCUCCCUGUAGGUGACCCUGAGAACAAACACAAAGAUUGAUGUUUCUGACCCAUCUGGCAGUAAAGGAGUUAACUUAAGGUGCUUUUUCAGCCCAGCAAUAUAUGGCGCACCUCCGAGCGCGUAGAUCCGGUGGCCGUUUUCUCACCGAUAUCGGCAAAUAGACACUUUACUAUUAACGUUUUUUCGAGGGGAAAUUUUUGAGGAAAAAAAAAAUUUCAAAACUUUUUGAACAAACUUGGACGAAAUUGAAAUAGAAAUGGACGUCCGACUUCGAAUAAUCUCUGCACCGUGUUCAGUGUCGUUCGCCCCUUCGCGGUCCGGUGUGCGGGUCUAUCGGGCCGGGAAGGGGUUAAUCCGUGGACUGUUGUUGUGUGCGGGGCCCCCUGGAGUUUGUGUGUGGUGUUGCGGGCCCCGCAGUGCUGUAUAUAGAUGUCCCUCUACUCCGGCCGGUUCCGGUUUCCCGGGGGACGACAUUUGCUGUGACCUCAAUUUUUUUGUUUUGUUGUUGUGUUUUAAUUUUAUUUUUUAUUGUUAAUUUUUUUUAUUUUAUUUUUUUACGAUGUGCACGUAGUGUGGGGGGUCCGUAGCGGGGGGCGCUCUUGGAUGGGAAUUGUUGGUUGUGUCACUGGUGCAUGUUCUAAACCAAUAAAGUAAUUA